GGAUCAUUUAAGUGUUGCACCAUCAUAACAGAGUAGUGUUUGAAGUGAUCUGCUAAAGGACUCUCCUUAAUGCAGGUUUCAUGUGAAUAGACGUGUUAAUAUCACGUUAAAGAGAGAAACAGAGCGAGCUUUGUGAGUAACGAGACACAGCUGCAGAGAUCACCAUGUCACUGAAACAUUUUCAGAAGCUGGCUCCAGUUUUAAAGCUUAGCAGACAGGAAACACUGGGACGAUUCAAGAAAUCUAAUGUGUCACAUGUUAACUUCUACAGCAGUGCAGCGAGAGGCGACAACACAGGGACAGCUGCGGGACAGACCGUGGUCUCAGAGCGCAGGGGGUGUGUGGUUACCGUGGGGAUAAACCGGCCCGAGGUGCGUAAUGCGGUGAACCAGGAGACGGCGAGGCGUCUGCUGGAGGAGCUGGAGGCCUUCGACAGGGAUCCAGACUUAAACGUGGCUGUGCUGCAUGGGAAAGGAGGGAAUUUCUGCGCUGGUUAUGAUUUGAAAGAGCUGGCCAAUCACACGGCUUCCCUCAAAUUGGAGCAAGAUGUCACCAAGGGUCCCGGUCCGAUGGGUCCGUCCCGCUUGCAGCUCUCGAAGCCGCUGAUAGCAGCAGUCAGCGGCUUUGCUGUGGCUGGAGGUCUGGAGCUGGCUCUGCUGGCUGAUCUGAGGGUGGUGGAGGAGAGCGCCGUCAUGGGGGUGUUCUGUCGCAGGUUUGGAGUUCCUCUGAUUGAUGGAGGCACAGUUAGACUCCCGUAUCUCAUUGGACUUUCACGAGCCAUGGACCUGAUUCUGACGGGGCGGCCAAUUGGAGCGCAGGAGGCCCUCGCCUACGGACUGGCUAACAGAGUGGUCCCUGAUGGACAAGCGUUACAGGCAGCCAUGCAGCUAGCAGAGGAACUCAGCUCCUUCCCUCAGCAGUGUCUCCGAGCGGAUCGCUCCUCGGCCAUGUACAGCUGCUAUGACGCUCCGUCCUUCACACAGGCCAUGCAGUACGAGAUAGACCAUGGAGUUCCUGUCAUCCAAGCAGAAGCUGUCGCUGGAGCAACCAGAUUCACAGACGGAGAAGGAAAGGGAGGAAAGUUCUCCUAGAAGGUUUCUCUGCAGCAGCAGCAGCACCGUGUGAAAUGUGAUAUUCAGGUGAUCCGUCACAUUUUACUGCAUCGAGACAAAUGUGUGUUUUUAUCAAAGUUGUAAAAAGAAUGGACUUACUAACUGUUUAAUAAAGGGCACUAUCUUUUAGCAAACCUGGUUUAACCCAAGCUGAUAAAUUGAUUAAUGAUA